AUGAAUGGAGUCGCCUUCUGCCUGGUCGGGAUCCCGCCUCGCCCGGAGCCCCGGCCCCCCAAGCUGCCUCCGGGCCCGAGGGAUGGGUGCUCUCUUGCGCGCUCCCUCCCCUGGCAGGGCCCACGGACGCUGCUCCUGCACAAAAACCUCCAGGAUGGCUUCGGCUUCACCCUGCGCCACUUCAUCGUGUACCCACCCGAGUCCGCCGUGCACUGCAGCCUGAAGGAGGAAGAGAAUGGAGGCCGAGGAGGAGGACCCUCCCCCCGGCACCGCCUGGAGCCCAUGGACACCAUCUUUGUCAAGAAUGUGAAGGAUGAUGGCCCCGCCCAUAGGGCGGGCCUUCGCACAGGAGACCGGCUGGUGAAGGUGAAUGGGGAGAGCGUCAUUGGGAAGACCUACUCCCAGGUCAUAGCUCUGAUCCAGAAUAGCGAUGACACUCUGGAACUCUCCAUCAUGCCCAAGGACGAGGACAUCCUCCAGCUGGCCUACUCCCAGGACGCCUACCUGAAGGGGAACGAGCCGUAUUCUGGAGAGGCCCGGAGCAUCCCAGAGCCACCCCCGAUCUGCUACCCCCGAAAGACCUACGCCCCGCCAGCCCGGGUCUCCACCUGGGCCGCUAUGGUUCCUGAGCCGCUCUCAGCACUGCCCGGUGACCCCCGGAGUCCUGCUGCCUGGAGUGACCCGGGGCCCCGCAUUCCGUCUACCGCCCGCUCCCAUCCGGACCACCCUUCCUUGGGGAUGAGCCAGCCCCGCCCCAGCCCUGGUGCCUUCCCCCGCCUCCCCCCAGAGCCCCGGACGCCUCGUGCCUUCCCGGAGCCUGGCAGCCGGGCACCCCCCAGCAGACUGGAGUGCCAGCAGGCCUUGUCACACUGGCUGUCAAACCAGGUACCCCGCAGGGCGGGGGAGAGACGGUGCCCCGCCAUGCCCCCCCGGGCCCGCAGUGCCUCCCAGGACCGACUGGAGGAGGUGACUGCCCAUCGCCCUUGGCCCUGCUCCACCUCCCAGGGUGCCUUGAGCCAGCUGGGCCAGGAGGGCUGGCACCGAGCACGCUCAGACGACUACCUGAGCCGGGCCACCCGCUCUGCCGAGGCGCUGGGGCCAGGAGCGCUGGUGUCACCCCGCUUCGAGCGCUGUGGCUGGGCUUCCCAGCGACCGUCUGCCCGUACCCCUGCCUGCGCACCCAGGGACCUGCCCGGGCCCCAGGCCCCAGCCCCGCCUGGCCUGCAGGGCCUGGACGACCUCGGGUACAUCGGGUACCGGAGCUAUAGCCCAUCAUUCCAGCGCCGGACUGGCCUCCUGCAGGCGCUCUCCUUCCGGGACUCCCCCUUUGGGGGGCUGCCCACCUUCAACUUGGCCCAGUCCCCGGCACCGUUCCCACCGGAGGCCUCUGAACCACCAAGAGUUGUCCGACCAGAACCCACCAGCCGGGCCUCGGAGCCUCCCUCCGAGGAUCGCCGUGAUGAAGUGAUCCUGAGGCAGAAGCCUCCCACGGGCCGCAAGGUCCAGCUGCCCCCUCCAAGACAGAUGAACCUUGGGUUUGGUGACGAGUCCCCAGAGCCAGAGGCCAGUGGGCGAGGGGAACGCCUGGCAAGGAAGGUGGCCCCUUUGGCCACUACUGAAGACUCUCUGGCUUCCAUUCCCUUCAUCGACGAGCCCACCAGCCCCAGCAUUGACCUCCAAGCCAAGCACGUCCCUGCUUCUGCUGUGGUCUCCAGCGCCAUGAACUCCGCCCCUGUCCUGGGCACCAGCCCAUCCUCCCCAACCUUCACCUUUGCCCUCGGCCGCCAUUACUCCCAGGACUGCAGCAGCAUCAAGGCCAGCCGCCGUUCUUCCUACUUGUUGGCCAUCACCACUGAGCGCUCCAAGUCCUGCGACGACGGGCUCAACACCUUCAGGGAUGAGGGCCGGGCUCUGCGGCGCCUGCCGAACCGCGUGCCCAGCCUGCGGAUGCUUCGAAGCUUCUUCACUGAUGGGUCCUUGGAUAGCUGGGGCACUUCCGAAGAUGCUGACGCUCCUUCCAAGCGACACUCAACCUCUGACCUCUCAGAUGCGACCUUCAGCGACAUCAGGAGAGAAGGCUGGUUGUAUUAUAAGCAGGUCCUCACCAAGAAAGGGAAGAAAGCGGGCGGCGGCCUGCGCCAGUGGAAGCGGGUGUACGCCGCGCUGCGGGCGCGCUCGCUCUCGCUGAGCAAGGAGCGGCGGGAGCCCGGGCCGGCGGCGGCGGGGGCGGCGGCGGCCGUCGCAGGUGAGGACGAGGCGGCGCCCGUCUGCAUCGGCUCCUGCCUGGUGGACAUCUCCUACAGCGAGACCAAGAGGAGGCACGUGUUCCGGCUGACCACCGCUGACUUCUGUGAAUAUCUCUUUCAGGCUGAGGACCGGGAUGACAUGCUGGGCUGGAUCAGAGCGAUCCGAGAGAACAGCAGGGCCGAGGGCGAGGACCCCGGCUGUGCCAACCAAGCUCUGAUCAGCAAGAAGCUUAAUGAUUAUCGCAAAGUGAGCCAUAGCUCUGGGCCCAAAGCUGAUUCUUCCCCCAAAGGCUCUCGUGGCCUGGGGGGACUCAAGUCUGAGUUCCUCAAACAGAGUACGGCACGUGGCUUCAGAACUCAGGACCAGCCUGCAGGGAGCAAGGAUGACAGUGUCUCCACCUCCAAAACCCCCUGGGGCAUCAACAUCAUCAAGAAGAAUAAGAAGGCAGCUCCCAGGGCAUUUGGGGUCCGACUGGAGGAGUGCCAGCCAGCCACGGAGAACCAGCGUGUCCCCUUGAUCGUGGCUGCAUGCUGUCGAAUUGUGGAGGCACGGGGGCUGGAGUCCACGGGCAUUUACCGAGUCCCAGGCAACAAUGCAGUGGUAUCCAGCCUGCAGGAACAGCUCAACCGUGGCCCCGGAGACAUCAACCUGCAGGAUGAGCGCUGGCAAGACCUCAAUGUGAUCAGCAGCCUGCUCAAGUCCUUCUUCCGAAAGCUACCUGAGCCUCUUUUCACCGAUGACAAAUACAACGACUUCAUCGAGGCCAAUCGCAUUGAAGACUCGAGGGAGCGCUUGAAGACGCUGCGGAAGCUGAUUCGGGAUCUCCCAGGACACUACUAUGAAACACUCAAAUUCCUCGUGAGUCAUCUGAAGACCAUUGCCGACCACUCAGAGAAAAACAAGAUGGAGCCCCGGAACUUAGCCCUGGUCUUCGGGCCGACGCUGGUGAGGACGUCUGAGGACAAUAUGGCAGAUAUGGUGACCCACAUGCCUGACCGCUACAAGAUUGUGGAGACGCUGAUCCAGCACUCAGACUGGUUCUUCAGCGACAGCGAGGACAAGGGAGAGAGAACCCCCGUGGAUGACAAGGAGCCUCAGUCAGUGCCAAACAUCGAGUACCUCCUGCCUAACAUUGGCAGGACAGUGCCGCCUGGAGAGCCGGGCUCAGAUUCCACCACCUGUAGUUCAGCCAAGUCUAAGGGCUCAUGGGCCCCCAAGAAGGAGCCGUACACCCGGGAGAUGCUGGCGAUCUCCUUCAUCUCGGCGGUCAACCGCAAGCGGAAGAAGCGGCGGGAGGCGCGGGGACUGGGCAGCAGCACAGACGACGACUCGGAGCAGGAAGCGCACAAGCCUGAGGCGGGGGCGCCGGCGCCGCGGGCCCAGGACCGGCCGGAGGGGCAGCGGCCGGGAGCCGCCGCCCCCGAGGCCCCCGGACGCCUCAGCCCCCCGGCGGCGCCGGAGGAGCGGCCGGCUGCGGACACGCGCUCGAUCGUCUCGGGCUACUCCACCCUGUCCACCAUGGACCGCAGCGUGUGCUCGGGCGCCGGGGGCCGGCGGGCGGGCGCGGGGGACGAGGCGGACGACGAGCGCAGCGAGCUGAGCCACGUGGAGACGGACACGGAGGGCGGCGCUGGGUCCGGGGGGCGCCCGGCGCGCCGGCCCUCGUUCAGCUCGCACCACCUGAUGCCCGGCGACACCCUGGCGCGGCGCCGCCUGGCCCGGAGCCGCGCGGACGGCGAGGGCGCGGGCGCGGCCGCCGGGCUGCCGGGCUCGGCCUCGUCUAGCAGCCAGGAGUCGCUGCGCCCCCCGGCGGCCGUGGCGGCGGCGGCGGCGGCGCUGGGCUCGCGGCCCUCGCGCCUCGAGGCGCUGCGGCUGCGCCUCCGCGGCACCGCCGACGACAUGCUGGCCGUGCGGCUGCGGCGGCCGCUGUCCCCCGAGACGCGGCGGCGCCGGAGCAGCUGGCGCCGCCACACAGUGGUUGUGCAGAGCCCGCUGACCGACCUCAACUUCAACGAGUGGAAGGAGCUGGGAGGCGGGGGUCCCCCGGAGUCCGCGGGCCCGCGGGCGCACAGCGACAACAAGGACUCGGGCCUCAGCAGCCUGGAGUCCACCAAGGCGCGGGCCCCGUCGACCGCCGCCUGUCUGUCCCCCGCGCCCGGGGACCCGGGAGCCCCGCAGAGCCAGCCGCCGCGCCGCUCGGCCGCCUCCCGCCUCCAUCAGUGUCUGUGACACCGCCCGCGCCGGUCACCCCGCCCCCGCCCCGGUUUCCCAGGAGUCGUCGUUGCCUGCACCCCUUCUCUGGUCGCCCAUGGGAGCAUCCGGGUGCAAGUGGGGGGCGCUGAGGCCGCGCCUCUGGUUUGUGCGCUGGAAUUGGU